AUGGCCCGACGUAUCAAGACAUUGUUCCCGGCUACCCAGCCUUUCAAUCAACCACCGCCACUUGUCAAGCAGGUCGAUGCUCGUGGUCAAACUCCGUUCUACAUACUUGCUUGGAAGGUGCACAACAACAAGCUGGAUAUCCUCGACAAUCAGUUCCCGUCUGUCGAUACACACUACCAGAAGUGCUGGUACAAGACGAUAACGAAGCAUGCAGUUCGAGAAAGCAUCGCGGAGCCCUACGUGCUGACCAAUAUCCUAUGCAACGGAGAUCGGCGACACAUGUACUUUAUAACCCACACAAACCUCCACCCGUUCGACCUCACCCCCGACUGUCUCGAAGUGCGCCUGGCGAGAGAGGCUCUCGAAGAAUUCUAUAUUCCGUACGUCGACGACCCUGAUGAUGUGCUGGGGGACCCGGUGUGGUACCGUGUAGGGCUAUUCAAAGACGCGACCCCAAAGGAAACUUGA